AUGUCUUCAUCACCAAAGCCCUCAGCUCCGGUAAUAAAUUUCCCCAAUUCCCCAAUUCCGAAGAACCCACUUGGAGAGGGACGGUAUAUCAAGACUGCUGCUGCUCUCAUCAUUGGAGAUGAAAUCCUGAAUGGAAACACGCUGGAUCGUAACUCGAACUACUUUGCGCGCUUCUGCUUUGAGAAUGGAAUCGAGCUCCAAAGAAUUGAGGUCAUUGCAGACGACGAACUCGAGAUCCUUGAAGCUAGCCGAAGGCUGGUCCAGAAAUACGACUUUGUCAUAACCUCUGGUGGUAUAGGGCCCACUCAUGAUGAUAUCACAUACGCAUCGCUCGCAAAGUCUUUCGGACAAAAGCUAAAAUACCAUGACGAAACUCUCAGGCGUAUGGAAGAAGCCAGCCGACACCGCACGUGGAUCUCGCAGCAGAGCGAGGAGCAACGUACCGCUCGUAAACGCAUGGCACUGUUUCCGGAAGCCGGAGAGGUUCUUUUUGUCGCUAGCGAUAUCUGGGUUCCUGUGAUUCGACUGGAAGGCAAGCUAUGCAUAUUCCCAGGAAUUCCAUCACUCUUUCAGAAGCUGCUAGACAACUUAAAGCCUUUCUUGCCUCUACCCGCGGACGAUGAGCGCCCCUUCCGGCUUCAAGUUUUUACUCCGCUUCCGGAAUCGUCCAUUGCGCCAUUCCUUACAGAUCUACAGAAGCGUGUCAAGCCUGAGAAUAUCCGGAUAGGCUCUUACCCACUCCUUCAACCGGGGGCACACGUUGCACUCAUCGGGUUAGACCGUGAACGUGUGAAAGAGCUUGGGUUGGAGGUGGAGAAAGAGUUGCAAGGACGUGUGCUUAGUGCAGAGGAGACCGAGGCAAUGAUCAAGGUAAAGAGGCAAUGAUGUAGGUACUAGUGUAUCACGUCGCGCGCUCGGGGGAUACACGGUCACCUUCGCGGCAUGAAAGGCUCAACAUUGGGCAGGCUCCGAACUUUCAGACUGACGCAAACUGCUCCAGUUUAACAUCUCCCGCGAGAACGUCCCUGAGCAGCACCAACGACCCCUCCCAGACUACACAGUCGUUUCAAGUUUGUAUGGCCCAUGGACAUACAGCAGACUCGAGUUGGCAUAGUGCUGCAUCUCCAGUGGCAAUGGAAGCAGUCAGACUACCAUCAUGCUGUCGCGCCUUACUUUUAUCAUUCAAGUUAGCUAUCCGUCCAGCGUUUAGUUCUCGGAAUA